CCCGCCCCUCGGGAGAGUGGGGGCUUUCGUCCUGCUGCGGUGUGGAUGUGGGCAGCCAUCCUCAGAAAGAGGGGUACCCACGCUAGACUGCGGACGGGCAGUUUUGCCCCUGCUGGGGGAGGGGUAGGGAUCAAGCCCAAGCUUCUCCCGCCUUCCACGGGGAGGCGGGAAUUCUUGGUCUUUUCGGAGGAGGGAAGAGGGAAGUGCGAAGGCCCUGCCCCGGGGCGAUGCUGUGCUGCCGGCUGUUGUAUUUCUAAAGGCGUGCAGAUAAACUGAUGUGAUGCCUGGGAUUUGCUUCAAAAUAAUCCGCAGGUGCUUGGACUAGACCUUUUGGAAGGAGUUGGAGUGAGAGUGGGGGUAUUGGCUCAAAAAGGGCUUCUCAGAAAUGUUGCUGCUUAACCCCAGUGCCUGUGAUACUUGUGCUUGACAGCCACAGACUUUAGGAAGGUGGGAGUCAAUCAUUUUGACAAGUCUCCUGAAAGGAACAGCUAGCAGGAGCUGAAACCUUUUUCCAUUUGGUCUCGUGGCAAAGGCAGAGAUCAUGCCAGCAGCUCCACACAAUAUGAUGUGCUCACUAAUGCCUUCUGAACAGUCUUCUGGUACCUCUGUCUUGCCUAAAGACAAUGCUCCAUUUUCUUGGGAUUCCUCAGAUGAGGAUGAAUUGGAUGACUCCUUGCUGGAGUUGUCUGAUGGAGAAGAAGAUGAUGACCAUCUCAGUUUCACGGAGGAAGAGAUUCAGGAGCUAUUGAAGGAUGAUGACCAAUCAAAUAAGCACUUUUCUUGUGGAGGAGGGUUGCUUAAAGAUGACAGCAGUCAUGUUGAGAAGGGAAGGAGAGGAAGUCAAAUUCUGCCUGACACUCCACAAGAGAAAAAUUUGUUGUACAGUUUGGGACCAGUAGCUGAGACUCCCAGCCUCUUCAAAUUACCUCAACUAAGUACAUCAGUUGGUAAUGGACCAACUCCUACUAAACCAUUAAACAGACACUCUGUACUAGAAAAGAAUCCGGUAAAAUUAACAGUUGUUGCACCAUUUGAUCCAACAGUUUGUGAUGCUGUGCUUGAUAAGGACAAGACUGAUACCUCCAAAGAUAUUGAAAAACCCUCUCCCCUUGGAGAAGAGAUGAGAGAAGAUGGUCUUAGCCCAAAUAAGAGCAAACUUUGCACUGAAUCUGAAGAGAUCAGCCUUGAUAACUCUGCCUGGGAUGGGCCUCUGCUCCCUUCUCCAAACAAUAACUUUCAACAAACUGCCUCUGAUAAAAGUAUGCCUGACAGUAAGAAACUUAAACCUGUAUCCUCUCAGAUCUUGAACCAUUCAGAGACUCCUAAUAUGGGGUCAUCCUGGAGAAAUGGAUCACAUAAAUCAAGUUGUGAGAUGAAGUAUCCAGUCGUUUCCAGCUCAUCAAACAACCAGGAUGUUCUUGACAAGGAUUCUGGGAAACUGAAAGCCCCUGAGAGAAGACUAGGCAAAGUCAUUCCUGUUCUGCAAGCCAAAACGAGGACUAAUGUUCCGACAUUUUCACAAUCAGAUCUAGAACAGAAGAAGCAAAUUUAUCUCAAGAAUGUCUUUGCUCAUAUAGAAGGCCCAGUGGACUCUAAUAACCAAGGUGCCUUGAAAGAGCUGUGUGUCUUGGUGGAUCAAGUUCAUCAUAUGCAUAACCAAAAAUGGCCGCAUCCUUCGGACCUCACCAUGAGAAACUAUGCUCGGUUCCGACAGAACCCUCUGGAAAGAUACAGUCUGACUCAGUGGGUUGACAAGAACAAGCGAAGCCACCAACGGUUCCAGCAUCUCCCCGAUAUCCAAUAUAGUCCAUUUGUUACAUCCCAUCAGCAGUGAAGAUCCCUAUCCAGGGUCCUGUCCAGAGCUGCAUCUCAUCUUUUUCUGCUGUUUUGUGCUUUGCAGAUUUUGAAUUUUUAUUUUUCCAAGAUUUUUAUGUAAAGAACUUGUCACCUUUUGGAAAUGACCAUUGCUGACUUGAAAUUUUUUUGUAUAAAGUCCUUCCUAUUUGUGUGUGUAUGUGUGUGUGUGUUUAAGCAGUGUUGACAUAGUUUUGUUUUCUUUAAAUUGAAGGUAGCCACCCCCUGAAAGCCAGCAUUAAGCCAAAACACCCACCUUUUUGUAGAGGUGAAGUCUACGGGUGCCCAAAAGAAGUCAUAUUUUAAUCUCUUGUAAGGAAGAAAUUCUUACCAGGCUGCAAGCUAGUGUUGAUUAUUGUUCAUGACUUAAAUGGGUACAAGUCAUUUUUAACAAGCCCUCUUACUUUAUUUGGAUUUCUGAAUACCUAUUAGCAUUUUAAAGUUGGUAAUCUAAGACAUUUGAAGUAGGAUGGAGCAGGACAAAGAUCCUGUCGAAAAGACAAAUUUAAAGUGUAAAUCUUCACCUCUCCUUUUUUUUUUUUUUAACCUACUAGCUGCCUUUAUUUUUUGGUUUUUAUUUCAUUCUUUAUCAAAUUUAUUUUGCACAAUAGUGUUUACAAAUCUUAUACAUCUUUACUCUGACAGAAGACUGCUGACUAACCGCUGUUGAUUUGUGGUCUUGUGACUGUCUUCUCUGCCUUUCUUCAAGGAUUUUCCUUCUUUUCCCAGUGACUACUGUACUCUGUAGGGUUCUGCCAAUAUAGUCCUAUAUCUUGUUAGACAUUGAUAUACCCCUCUUAAGAACAGUCUCCCUACUCUCUUUAUUAAAGAGCCGCCCAGCCAGGGUCUUGACUUCAGGACAGGCCAGAAAGCCCAAGCUAUUUAGGUGUCUUCAGUUUCAUUUGCUGAACCCUAACUUCACUUAUGAGGUGACGUGUUAGUCAGUGAGCCUCCAUCCUGUGGAAGAGACUAUGGAGAUGCACUCUUUUGUCUCCAUUAUUCUUUUAGACCCUGGAUGUUACCAUCUUAUUUGGUCAGACCUCAGAUGCAGUUUCACAAAACUGUUAAAGUGGGUCUAAUAUAGUUGUGAUUAAUCCUGUGCACAAAUGCAUUACCUGAUCUUAAAGUUUAGUGUUCUAACCCAAGUUGACAGACUGUGUGUGCAGUCAUCUUAAUGGAUAUCUUAGGAUUUUGUUAUUCUUUCUUCACAGACAGCUUUAGACAUCUUUUGGGAGAUUUUACAGUCCAGCAUUCAUGUUCUUGUUCAUUCUCUGUGAAGGUUGUACGUAGUUGCUGUAGUAUAGCAUGUGAUGUUGGGCUAGCUGCCUGUCUGGUUUUGUUUUUUCAUCAACCCCAUCUUUGAGUAACCCAUCUAAAAUAUCCUACCGUGCUUUUGAAACUGACUUGGGAAAAGCUUGGUCAUUCAAGCCACCAAUAAAUUUAGAUGGAUGUCCCUAAGUGUUUACUGUUUUAUCCAGUCAAGGAUUCUCUUUUCCUUGGACAUUUAGUUUAAUUCAGGGACCAAAAUGCUAACAAGUUCUGUUUAACGGCAAGAGUCAAAUCUUUUAUUUCAGUUGUCAUUUAGUCCAUCAGUUACUUCUCCAGGUUUCCUUAACUUGGAGUGAACAAACAAACAUUUACCUUUGGAAUCAUAACAUAGAUAAAAUUAAUUGUAGCUGGAGUAACUAGCGUUGCAGCUGUCUAGUUCCCCAUAGAUAACCCAAGGAGUGAAGGGGCAGCAUGUUGCUUAGGCAAAAAUCUUGAGACUCGUGUUCCUGCCUUCCUGGUACAGGAGGGUUUAAGUCUGAAUGUGUAAUGGGGGCAUUGCCUUCGCCAAAGCAAAUGAGUGACGGGUUAACUAUAAUAUAUGACAAUCACACUUCCUCUUUGCUCAAGUAAUUCUGUUUUUCCAAAGCUUUAGCAGCUUAAUUAAAUCUGUUGGACUGGGGGAGGAGAGCUGUUCUCUAGCGAUUAACAUGGUAUUCUUUAAGGAGAAAAAAGCCAAAGAAAACUCAUUAUUGGGCAUGCUCACCUUAAAGAUGGUGGUGGGUAAAAUCUGGAGUUUUAAUCUGUUCUUAAAGCUGCAUAUCAUAUUUGGUGUUGGCCUCUAAGUCUAAUAUUUCAUGUGGGAUUCUUGCCGUAUUAUGUGCAUUUAACUGCCUUCCUAGCUUUCUUCAUCCAUGAUGACAUUCUCACCACAGGGGUCUUGACAAAGCAGAGUAAAAAUGUGCUGUUUAUAUAGUUUACUUGUAAGUAAAGAGCCUGAAAUAACCUGUAGUUUUGUAUCUAAUGCAGACCCUGAUUUACUUGAGUUGUCAGGAUCAAUUAUGAAACUGAAGUUUGGUGCCUCCUCUUUAUCAUGUUUUUUUCCCUGUAGCAGUUGUGUUUAAUGUCAUUAAAAAGAAAUAAAAGUUCUUGUCAGUGGCA